AUUUUCCUUAUUUUAUUAUUUUUUUGCCAGUUAAAUCCAAGUAAAAAUACAUUCUCCCCUUUCAAAUAAGUUAUAUCAUUAAACAAGUUAUAUACAUAUUAGCACAGAGAAAUAUAUGGGAUCAUUUUCCCAAAGAUAAGUAGUGGCCACACAAGAGUGAUGCUUGCACGAUUUUUAAAAUAAGCAUGAACGUUGAAAAACAAGCUAGUACCGUACUUUCAAAAGUAAGUUUCUAUCCCUGGAACUAAAACAGAAAAGAAGAGGUGUGAGAUACACAAAUGAAACCACGAAAUUUAGCCAAGGGCUUGAGACUUCCGUGCAGAAUGUUCCUAAACGGCUCCUGGCAACAAUAGGUCGCCCCCGUCCUAAAAGCAACCUAGGUGGCGGCAUCUCCUACUUAAAGGUUUCAUCCCUCCCAGCCCGACCGGCAGAAAACCCACGGUCUAAACCACCAUAAUCUUUGGAGAAACAAUCUGAUUGGCUAAGAAAUGAAUUACGCAACGUAUCCCAAGCCCACUGAGAACCGGCCUCCCCAGGCCUGGCUCAGAUUCCGCUUUCCGAUUGGUCCCUACGGCAAGAGUGUAAGGACAAUUGCUGAAGUUGACCCCUGGGUCCGGAAACGCGGGCGAAGAUGGCGGCGGCCAGGUGUUGGAGGCCUGUGCUCCGCUGUCGGGGGCUGUCAUUGCACACGGCUGCCGAGACCGCCGCCACGGCUCCAGAAACAAUCGGCUCAGAUGUCGCGGCGACACUAGUCGCGCGGUUCCCUCCGAUUGGGGCCUCCUUGACUGCCGACAGCAAGGCGGCGCGGCAGCGGCGGGUGGAACGCUGGCAGGCGACGGUGCAUGCGGCCGAGUCAGUGGACGAGAAGCUGCGAAUCCUCACCAAGAUGCAGUUCAUGAAGUACGUGGUUUACCCACAGACCUUCGCCUUGAACGCCGACCGCUGGUACCAGGGCUUCACCAAGACCGUGUUCCUGUCGGGUCUGCCGCCCCCUCCUGCGGAGCCCGGGCCCGGGCAGGCGCCGGACAUAGAGGCCCUGCGCGCCGCCGUGUGUGACUUCCUCCUGCAGGAGCACUUCUACCUGAAGCGCAAGCGCCGCGCGCCCCUCUACCAGGAAAACGAGGCCGUCGCAUCGCCCUUCUUGGAUCAGCUGGUGGCCGCCCUCAUAGGCCUGCUUUGUCCACAUAACCCGGCCCUGGCUGCAGCCGUCCUCGAUUGUAAACGCCCAGUUCACUUUUACUGGUUGCGUGGUGAAGAAAUUAUUUCUAAGGGUCAUCGAAAAGGUCGAGUUGAUGCUUUGCGAUACCAAAUAAAUGAUAAACCGCACAACCAGAUUCGAAUAUCCAAGCAACUCUCAGAGUUUGUGCCGUUGGAUUAUUCUGUUCCUAUAGAAAUCCCUGUUAUGAAAUGUAAACCAGACAAACUUCCAUUAUUCAAACGGCAAUAUGAAAACACCAUAUUUGUUGGCUCAAAAACAGCAGAUCCAUGCUGUUACGGUCACACCCAGUUUCAUCUGUUACCUGACAAAUUAAAAAGGGAAAGACUUUUGAAAAAAAACUGUGCUGAUCAAAUAGAAGUUGUUUUUAGAGCUAAUGCUAUUGCAAGCCUUUUUGCUUGGACUGGAGCACAAGCUAUGUAUCAAGGAUUCUGGAGUGAAGCAGAUGUUACUCGACCUUUUGUCUCCCAGGGUGUGAUAACGGAUGGAAAAUACUUUUCCUUUUUCUGCUAUCAGUUAAAUACAUUGGCACUGACUGCACAAGCUGAUCAAAAUAACCCUCGUAAGAAUAUAUGUUGGGGGACACAAAGUAUGCCUCUUUAUGAAACAAUUGAGGACAAUGACGUGAAAGGUUUUAAUGAUGAUGUUCUUCUUCAGAUAGUUCACUUUCUGCUAAAUAGACCAAAGGAGGACAAAGCACAGCUGUUGGAAAACUAAGAAAAAAUAUUUUUGAUUCUGGACUUUGGAAUAUUUGAAUUUCACUGAAGGAACAAUAAAAGGGAUUUUAAUGAUGACAGUGUCAGAUAUUAAACACAUUGAUUUUUUGAGACAAA